CAGAAUUUUGCAUCUUCGCCAAGGCGUUGCAGAAUAUGCUAGAGAUUUUUUCUAAGCUAAAGUUCACUCCUACCUUGUUAUAUUUUGAUGGCAAGCGACUUGUGUAAAAGUACAUAUUUGCUUAAACAAAAUUGAAUUCGACUGCUGACUUUAAUAACAUUUUAAAGUGACAUACUUUACUGCAGUGCUUGAAGCUCAGCAACUUCGGAUCUUAUGAUUGACUGUGCGAAGUCUACAAGUUUUCUGACUACUUCAGUGACUUACACUUUAUCAAUUGAGCAUGUGCUAUAAAAAGGGUUUCCCAAAAACGAUUUUGACACAUUUUUGGUAAUCGACACUUUCUUAUCCGCAUGUCACUCACCCGAAACAUUUCUAAUUUCAUUGUGAAAAUAUGUUCCCUCUUAUCAGCUUGUUUUCGGUAUCUACAAACAAGACACAACAAAAAUCCAAGAUAGGUUUCUGUACUUAAAUAUACCAAUAGAUUGGGAAGCGAGUUCAGUACGCGUUUAGUUCCGGAACAGUUGGCGGUCUAACCAAAAUGAGAGUUUCGCAAUGUGGAUUCCACUUGGGUGUAAUUUUGGCCUUACUGGCCGAAAUCACUGGCUUUUCGAUGGAGGAGAAGUGCAAGUUUUGGGCUGGAACUGGCCAUAUUGGCGAUCCUAGUGACUGCCGGGCCUGGGGAUUUUGCCAGGACAACCAACUCAUCGAGAGACGUAGCUGCACUGAGGGAUUACUGUACAAUUUCCGAGAUGGCACCUGCAAGAAACCAUCGGAUGUGAAUUGUCACUCGCAGAUCUCGGAAAUUUGCGCCUGCCUCCAGCCGUGGAAUUACAUAGCCAAUCCGGCUGACUGCCGGAGAUUCGCCAAGUGUGAGGAUUUCGAGUAUCCCACUUGGAAAGACUGUGGUGUGGGUCGAGUGUUCAGCAACCAGGAGCAGACCUGCCUCGAGGAGGUUGCCGGCUGUCCACAGGAUAAUAUCUGCACCCAUAUGAAAGAUGGCUCACUUGUGGGCGAUCCCAACAGCUGUCGCAGCUACUUUAAAUGCCACAAUGGAUUUGGCAUCCAGUUGAAUUGCUCCGUUGGCCGAUACUUUAACCGAAACACGGGUAAUUGCCAAUCCUGGCUGCCGCACUACUGCUCCAAGGAAGAGGAGCUCUUGUUAACGCCACCCGCCACGAACUAUCACAUCUGCUCCACGUACUAUCCAAGGGAUAGAGAUGAAGUGCAGCUCCUGCCGGAUCUGAUGACCUGUCACGGCUACUACUCCUGCACCUCCCAGUUCGACGUGGGCCAGUGGAGCAGCUGUCCUUGGGGUCAGCACUUUGAGUGGUGGAGCCAGCGAUGUGGCUCGCCCAAGGACAACAGCUGCUCCUACGAUCGCUGCGGCAAUAGGAACCAACUAAUGGUGACCACCAUCAACACGGGCUGCAGGGAGUUCACGAUCUGCCAGGAUAGUAGUUCCCAAAGCUCGCAAAAGUGUCCGCAGGACUAUCCGUAUUUUAAUGAGGUUCUGGGACAGUGCACCGAUGAAUUUCCCAAUCACAGGGUGUGUUACAUGGAUGGAUAGAAUGCUUCAAAUUAUUAACAAUUAAUAACACGGUUGUUAGAAGAGAACAUAUACAUAAAUAUUUAAUAAAUCAAUUUACCUUGCUUUUUGUUUUCAUAAUGGCUUUAAACAGAUUAAUUGCACUAUUUAAAAGCUGCUCUCAACAAUAAAAGUUUGUAAAAUAAAUCUCAAAAUGUAUUGCUUUAGA